AUGAACCUUAUCUGGUUCCUUCUUCUCACAAUACUUGGUGGUUGCCUAGCCGAACUCAUAACCUUAAAGGACCCGGUGGAGAAAUUCAAGCAUCUUUGCAUAGUUUACAAAGAUGCCUCGAAAUGCGUAGAAGAUCGAAAAGAGUGUUUCGAUGAGACUGUUUUUGACAUAGCAUUCAGAGGACUUGAUGAGCUGUGCAAUAAGAGGCAAAAA